CUUCUUCGCUUUUGAUUGGUCAGUUUGUCAGGGCCGGGUGACGCCCACAGCGGAAGUGAAUGUUGGUAGCUUUCCCACCUGUGAGGAGCCUCGGAGGGCAUGGAAGUGGUAAAUAAAGCUCGAAUUUGACGUUUUGAGGAUUUCGAGGAGCUUAAACUCGGCCGGCGGAAUGAUUUCAGGAGCGUUUUUAACCGUUCUGCUGUUCGCUUCGGCGACGGCGGCCAAGGAUGGAGGGGACGACGAAUGGGUCCAUCUGCCCAACAAAUGUGAAGUCUGUAAGUUCGUCAGCAUCGAGAUGAAGUCGGCGUUCCAGGAGACGGGGAAGACCAAAGAGAUCAUCGACAGUAAAUACAACUUCAUCGACGGGAAAGGGGCUCCGCCCAUCAAAUACGUCAAGUCAGACCUGAGAUUCAUCGAGGUGGUAGAAAACGUGUGUCAGAGGCUGCUGGAGUACAACCUGCACAAAGAGAGGAGCGGCAGCAACCGUUUCGCCAAGGGCAUGUCGGAGACCUUCUCCACGCUGCACGGCCUGGUCAACAAAGGCGUGAAGGUGGUGAUGGACAUCCCCUACGAGCUGUGGAACGAGACCUCGGCGGAGGUCGCCGACCUUAAAAAGCAGUGUGAUGUGCUGAUAGAACAGUAUGAGGAGGUGAUCGAGGACUGGUACAAAGGGAGCCAGGAGGAGGACCUGACCACGCUGUUGUGUGAGAAACAUGUCCUGAAAGGACAGGACCAAGCCUGUCUGGACGAGAACUGGACUCCAAAGAAGAAGGGAGACCCGGCCGCCAUCGCCGAAGACAAGAAGAAGAAAAAGAAGAAGAAAGGUGGGAAGAAGGGCAAGAACAAGAGCGAGGAAGGCGGCGACGGGGCGGAGUCAGACGGAGAGAAGAAGAAGAAGAAGAAGGACAAGAAGACGGGCAAGAAGAAGAAGAGCAAAGCUCCCUUAGAGAAGACGAACCAAGAGGCCACGUCAGACGAGGAGAUCCAGCCGCAAGCGCCUCUUUCUGGUCAGAAGACGGAGCUGUGAGCCCCCGCUGGCCCGUGGACCCGGUUCAGUUUUCCAGGACAGAACCUGCUCUCUGAGAGCAGCUUUAAGUGUUCAAAACUAAGUGAACCCCGGCUGUUACUCUUGUGUUUGUGAACCCUUUAACACUAGAGCUAAAGCUGGUGUCUGAAUUACAGUAACUCUUCAACUGCAGUUAACGUAAUCCUAACUAAUUCUGAAGCAGAGAAAAGCAGCUUUUCUCUGCUUCAGAAUUUGUCACAAUAUCAUUGAUUACGUGAAGAAUCAAAGAGCUGCAAUAGUUACGGUAGUUCAGUGGUAGUUAUUGGGUCAGCUGUGGUUCUGGUGGCCAGAAACAUGUGGAUGUGUGUUGAAUACAUGCUAUUUUUUAACGAAGGGUUAAGGUUAUUUUGGUGUCUCAGGUGUGUUAAAGGACUAAAUGUGGUUUCAGUGGCCAGAAACAUGUCGAUAGGUGACAUCUUUGUGCUAAGUACAAGCUAAAUCUAAAAUAAAUUUGUUAUAAGUUUGUCAAUUGCAUAGACGAUAGAAGAGUUACGCUAGUUCGAAGAAUGUGUUAUUUUGCUGUAUUAAAGGGUUAAAUGUGGUCAGAAUCAUAAGUAUGUGACAUCCUUUUGGUGGGUACUAGCCAACUUUUUAAAGGAACAUCAGAAUUUAUUAGAAUUUCGUUAAUUGCAUAAGCGAUCGAAGAGCUACGCCAGCGUGUUAAAGGGUUAAAUGUGGUUUAGGUGGCCAGAAAAACAUUUGAGAGACAUCUUCGUGGAAAAUGCAAGAUAGCUUUUAAAGGAGACGUAAAAACAUCAGAAUUUGUUAGAAUUUUGUAAAUUGUAUAGACGAUUGAAAAAUUACGCUAGUUCGCAGAAUUUGUCUUAUUUUUACUGUUACCGAUGUGUUUAAAGGGUUAAAUGUGGUUUCAGUAAGAAGAAAUCACAUCUCCGUGGCAUGUGCAAGCUAGCUUUUAAAAGGAGUCGUAAAAUAAUCUGAGUUUGUUGGAAUUUCGUUAAUUGCAUAAGCGAUUGAAGAGUAAGGCUAGUCCAAAGAACGCGUUAUUUUGCUGUUGCUGGAGUGUUUAAGGGGUUAAAUGUGAUUUCAGUGAGCAAAAACAUAUCUGUGAGACAUCCUCGGCUAACAUUUAAAAGAGACGUAAAAUUAUCAAAAUUUGUUUGAAUUUCGCCAAUUCCGUCUAAGAGUUACGGUAGUUCAAAGAAUGUGUUACUCUGCUGUCACUGGUGUGUUGUAGUGUUAAAUGUGGUUUCAGUGGCCGGAAACACGUCGGAGUGAGACAUCUUGGAGCCAGAGGGGGAGGGGUCACUCAGUCCAGUUCUCAUAUACAGUAAAUUGGUUACAGCUGAUCUAGUUCCAGUUUUUUUGAAUGUAAACUUUUUUCAAACCGAUUUAGUUAAAAACUAAAGUUUCAGCUAAGAACUGUGCUCAUUGGUAGGUAGUCUAACAUGUUUGCUUAGUUCACAAAAAAUAUCUGAAAGAAAUGAAUUUCUGUUGGAAUAAUCAUCAUGAACGUUUGAAGCGAUACUUGAACUCAACCUUUUUGUCCAAAGGGAAGUAUUUUCCUGUAUAUUUGUGUUUAGUUGUGUUUUUUUCCAGGGUACCUGAAACAGUGGUGAGAGCCUUUCAUUGUUGAGCUUUUUACAGAAUUAUCAGCAUUUCUAUAAGGUGACGACGUUCUUUUCCUGUUGUCUUUUUCACCUUUUUGAUGAAGCAGAGAAGCUUUUCUUUUACCUAAAGUGCAUUGUUUUUUUGUUGAUUUAUCCUUUUGUUUUGUCAAACUGUCAAUAGGUUUAUCAGUUUAAUCCAGAGAUUUCCCUUUAGUGAGGAAAUCUAUACUCAUUUGUUUUUGAUGUUUGGGUUUUUGUGUUUGUAUUCCUACAAAGUUUGUUGCUUUUUCAUUUAAUAAAGUCUUUUAAUCUCUACUCCAA